UUCAUAUGAAAUUAAAUAAAAUUUGUCAUCUUUUUGUAGAAAUUUUAAGAUAAUUAAGCCCAUAAGUUGGGAAAUUGAUGAAGUAAUUUCAUCAGAUCUUCUGCAAUUCUGAAGAAGAAGAAGAAAGAUGUUUGGUGUUGCAAAGAAAUUGCAUGAAUCAACACCAUUUGAUACAAGCACAGUGAUCUCAAUUACUGUGUUCAUAAGCUUAAUUUGUUUGUGUAUUAUUAUUGGUCAUUUGCUCGAGAAAAAUCGUUGGGCCAAUGAAUCAAUCGCCUCCCUUCUUCUUGGCAUAGUGUCUGGAGGAGUUGUACUAUUGAUACAUAAAGGCCAGAACUCACGCAUACUUGUGUUCAAUGAAGAGUUGUUCUUCAUUUACCUGCUUCCACCAAUCAUUUUCAAUGCUGGGUUUCAGGUUAAGAAAAAGCAGUUUUUCAAGAAUUUCUCAACUAUAUUGUCUUUUGGGGUGCUGGGUACACUAAUAUCAUUCUGCCUUGUAUCAUCAGGUGUACUAUUUCUGUUGAAGAAGAUUGGUUUGACGCAGCUUAGUACUAAUGACUAUCUGGCCCUUGGUGCCAUAUUGUCCGCAACAGAUUCCGUCUGUACUUUGCAGGUCCUAAAUCAGGAUGACACACCCCUUCUUUACAGUAUUGUAUUUGGAGAAGGAGUUGUAAAUGAUGCAACCUCCAUUGUACUUUUCAAUGCAGUCCAAUCACUUGAUUUAAGCAACCUCAGUUCCAUGACUGCCCUAGCAUUGUUGGGGACCUUCUUGUACCUGUUUGUCACCAGCACGCUUCUUGGCGUUUUUGUGGGUCUGUUGAGUGCUUUUAUCAUAAAGAAGCUCUACAUUGGAAGACAUUCUACGGAUCGUGAAAUUGCGCUCAUGAUGCUUAUGGCUUAUUUGUCUUACAUGAUAGCUGAGCUUAUGGAUCUUAGUGGUAUUUUGACAGUAUUUUUUUGCGGUGUUGUCAUGUCACAUUACACAUGGCACAAUGUAUCAGAAAGCUCAAGGAUAACUGCCAAGCAUGCUUUUGCAACAAUGUCGUUUAUAUCAGAAACUUUUAUCUUUUUGUAUGUUGGUAUGGAUACACUAGACAUUGACAAAUGGAAGGAGAGCAGUUCGAGUGCAGGAACUUACCUUGCUGUUAGCUCUGCAAUGCUGGCUUUAGUUUUGAUUGGACGAGCAGCAUUCAUCUUCCCUCUGGCAAGUAUUUUAAAUUACAUGAAGAGGGACAGUGAUAAAAAAAUUGAUUUAUCUACACAGUUUAUAGUUUGGUGGGCAGGACUUAUGAGAGGUGCAGUUACAGUGGCUUUGUCCUACAACGCGUUUUCAGGUUCUGGAGAGGUAUCAAAUGAGAGAUCACUGAUGAUCAGUUGUACUAUCAUUGUUGUUCUGUUUAGCACUCUGUUGUUUGGAACCGUUACCAAGCCUUUGAUUAGAGCAAUUUUGGGAGCUCCAAGACAUGCGGUUUCAUAUGCAAGUGAUAUUCCGAGCCUAGAAUAUUUAGACUUCCCUUUCCUAGAAAUUCAAGACAAUCAAGAAGCGAAUGUGAAUGGGGGUGAGGGUGAGGGUGAGGGUGAGGGUGAACCUCAACGUCGAAGGGGCUUCAGUUUGCUUAUGAAGUAUCCCACUGGUGCUGUACAUCACAUAUGGAGAAAAUUUGAUGAUAAAUUUAUGAGACCAGUUUUUGGUGGUCGUGGUUUUGUGCCAUAUGAACCAGCUUCGCCAACUGGUGCUGCAGAAACUACUCAUGAGCAUUAAAAUUUUGAUUCCAAGUUCCCUUCCUUUCUCUUUUUUUACCCUUACAAUUUUUUUUUGCAAAUGGAAUAAUGUAAAGAACAUCACAAUUUUUUUGUUUGUAUAUUGCGGUAAUUGGGAUUAAUCUCAUAUGUAGUGAACAAUUCGGAUGGAGGUCCUAGCUUGAUACUGUAGUCAUGAAUACUUGCACAUAUUGGUGUUAAUAGAAAAUAUUGUUCAGGAUGGCCAAAA